UAGGAUUUGCAAUCGAUAAAUCGCGUAAUUUUUAAUGGUGUAUAAUAGCUGUUAGAUUAAAUAAAGAAUCUAUCCACGCGAGUGGAAACAUUGGAUCCUCCUGCUGCGUUCCAUUUCCAUUUGUUUUUCUUAGGCCGACGUUAAACGGAACACGUUUACGAAUAAAAGUCAGAGGCAACUCGUGAUUCGAUUAGCAGACGAAUUUUCCUAUCGGCCAUAUCAGAAAUGUAUAGGAACCAGGAAAAGGAUUACGGCUGAGUGCCUCAAUGUUUGAAAAUGAACGGCAACGAUAUUUCAAGAUUAUCGUACAAGGAAUUGCAGGCCUUAGCUCUCAGAUACCGUGUACCGGGUAACAUUAAGAAGAAAUUACUGGUUAAAGUGUUGCAAGCCGCAAAAGGCGGAAAUGAAAACGAGGUCGACAGGCUGCUACAGGAUCUCAAGCAAAAUCGCAAGAGGAAAGUGAGAAAAGUCAAAAGCGGAACACUUCUCGGGUUAACCUCCACACCACUGAACAGCCCCGAUUACGUUAUGGCCGAUGAUUAUUACUUCCCGCAACAGCAACCACCUUAUCAGUGGGUUGGUGCAGAGGAAGAGAUUGUAAGCAGGGAUGAUGACAAUAGGAUUCCCCACUAUGAAGAGUUCAAGCAGUUUUUAUUGAAAAGAAUACAGAGAGAAUUUCAGACGUAUGAUAUGAAUAACAAUCAAAUACAAGAUGCAACUAUUGUAGAUUUAAGAACAGCAACUGGCUCAUCUGAUAUAGACAAAGAUCCUUUAGAUACCAUCAAUUGUACUACUUCCAAUAUAAUUGCUGUUAACAAUGCAGAGUCAUUUGUAUACCAACCUAAUGAUCAUGUGGAAUAUCAAACAUUGGAGGAUGCAAACAACAAUAUGCAAGGGUCUAUACUGUUGAAGAAAAUGUUGCAGGCACCAGUUGGUGCAAACUUGGGAGAGAUAGCUAGUCCAGUAAUAAGUGGUUACAGGACAUUAGAUCAUUAUCAGCCUAAUAGUUUAUUAGACAAUUCUGAUACUUUAACAGCUGAAUCGGAUAAUCAAGACAACGAAGAAAAUCUGGAGGGUAACACAGAGUGUUAUGGACUUCUAAGCAGUAUAAAGGGAGAAUAUUUAUUGAGUGAACCAACUUUUGUGAAAAAUGUUGAAGAAAUUGGUCAGCAGAUUUCAAAUGUGUUAACAAAUGAAAAUGUUAAUCAAUAUAAAUAUUCUACAAUGAAUAUGGAUAUACAUCAAGAUUAUGAUAAUUGGGCCAUCACCAAUGUUAUGGAUGGGACAGAAACAAAUUGUGAAGCACCUGUUGUUCCAUCCCCAAAAAUAUUUCAACCUAUCUAUUAUGAUAACAUGGGACCUGAUACUUUAAAUAAACCCAUUAAUGAUGAAAGUUUAACAUGUCAAUACAACAUGACUGAAAAUGUACAUACUUAUAGUUCCAAUCAAAAUUUACUGAAUUUAAAUCCAACAGGGGAAAGUCAAUAUUAUGAAACAAACAUCAUACCCAAUGUACAGUCUGAUCCAUCCAACACAUAUUAUUUACAAAACUUAAUCAAAUAUAGUACAGAAACUACUGGAGAUUAUUUGCAACAUACACAUUCUUAUACAAAUGCAAAUGUAACUCAGGACACAUACACAUCUACUGCUUCACAGAUGUUUUCAAAUAAUACUCAUUGCAAUACUGAUCUUCCAUAUGAAUAUGCAAGUUCAUACAAUAAUCAAGGAAGCAUCCCCUUAUCCACCAAUAUGGAGCAACAAACACAAAACUGUAAUUCUUCAGUACAAUCUGAAUCCAAUAUCAACAAAAAUAUUUCUGGUACUUUAGAUAAGGUACAAACGAGUGGAUUACUAGACUCAUUUUGGCCAACGAAAUAUUCGAAGAUUCCUGCGAAUCCGAUUCUCGAGAACAUUUUGAAUCUCAUCAACACCAAACGCGUCGAUUUAUCGAAAUUGGAUCAAACGUCCUGCGUGUAUUGUUACAUAGCGCCGAUAGUAACACAUACGCCUGUAUCAUCGAACGUAACUUGUUCCCAAAAGGAAAAGUUUGUUGCUGAAUACAGACAACAUUCGUUUACCCCGCACUGGUUGCUGUACAACGACACGUCAUGCGGGAUGAGAAUGGCCAAUUUACAGUCGAAACUCGAAGUAAUCCCGCCGGAAGAGGCACGAGUGCUGCGCGCUUCAACGCCGAUCAGUAAUUCCGAUUUACGUGAGUCAGUCGUGGAGAACGAGGAUUCUUUAACGAAAGUUUGGAUACAGGACCACGCAACUUACGAACCUACUAGAGAAGAAGAUACAAAUUCGUGCGAGGAUUUAAAUAUUGAAGUUACAGAUUGUUUAUUUUCAGUAAUCAAUACUGAA